AUGUCAUUUUUUCAUUUGACAUUGAUGGGUCAUGAAAACCAAUUUCAAGCUAUGAAACAUAUGGAGCCAAUUAACAAAAAUGGUAAUUCAACUCGAUUACGCGAAGUUCCAACAGGACGUGAACCAAGAAGUCCAGUUGAAAAACAAUUAGCUCGUGAACUCACUGGUAACAUACAAUCACGUGAAUGGUCAUCGCCAGCUAUAUCGAAUAUAAAUUACCAUACAUUACGUACAAUGCAUGUUCGUGGAGAUCAAGAUCACAACCAUAUUACACGACAACCAUUGACAACAGCUCAAAACAUUGGUUGGUGGACAAAAGACAGCCCGUUAAAGGUCAACGAACCAUGGACUCAUGAAAAACGUCACGUUCACGCGCAGUCUGAAAUGACCAAAUUUGUCGAUGAUAUGAUUUUAACCGAUCGCUAUUUUCGUCUUUAUUGA